AGGUCUGACUGGGUCGUUUCCAAACGGUUCAGGUGUCUCUCCCCCCUGGCUUUCAUUAUCCAGCAUAUUACUUCUGUUUCUUCUGCAUUAAUCGUUUGAGGCGCAGAGGCAGGAAGACCGCAACAGAUUAAAAUGGUGAAGAUCGGAAUCAAUGGAUUUGGACGCAUCGGCCGUCUUGUAACACGUGCUGCAGCCAUGAGUGAGAAGGUCCAAGUUGUUGCCAUCAAUGACCCUUUUAUCGACCUCGACUACAUGGCUUACAUGUUUAAGUACGACUCUACUCAUGGUACUUGGAAGCAUGGGGAGGUGAAGGCAGAAGGCGGCAAGCUGGUUAUCGGCAACAUGCAUAUCAUGGUCUUCCAAGAGAGGGACCCUGCCAACAUCAAAUGGAGUGACGCUGGUGUGGACUAUGUGGUUGAGUCCACUGGUGUGUUCACCACCAUUGAAAAAGCUUCAGCUCAUUUGAAAGGUGGAGCGAAGCGGGUGGUGAUCUCAGCUCCAAGUGCUGAUGCUCCUAUGUUUGUCAUGGGUGUCAACCACGACAAGUAUGACAAUUCCAUGAAGGUCGUCAGCAAUGCUUCCUGCACAACAAACUGUCUGGCUCCUCUUGCCAAGGUCAUCAACGACAACUAUGGCAUUGUUGAGGGUCUCAUGAGCACUGUCCAUGCUACCACUGCCACACAGAAGACUGUCGAUGGCCCCUCUGGUAAAAUGUGGAGAGAUGGGCGCGGUGCCUCACAGAACAUCAUCCCCGCCUCUACUGGAGCUGCCAAGGCUGUGGGAAAAGUUAUCCCCGAGCUGAAUGGAAAGUUGACUGGUAUGGCUUUCCGUGUCCCAACCCCAAACGUCUCCGUUGUUGAUCUGACUGUCCGUCUGGAGAAGCCUGCAAAGUAUGAUGACAUCAAGAAGGUUGUCAAGGCAGCUGCAGAGGGGCCAUUGAAAGGAGUUCUUGGCUACACAGAAGAUCAGGUUGUGUCCACAGACUUUAAUGGAGAUUCUCACUCGUCAAUCUUUGAUGCUGGAGCUGGCAUCGCAUUGAACGACCACUUUGUCAAGCUGGUUUCAUGGUAUGACAAUGAGUUUGGCUACAGCAACAGAGUGUGUGACCUGCUCCAGCACAUGUUCUCCAAGGAGUAAAGCUAAUGCUGGUGCUAAAGGGGGAAAAGAAUGGAACACAUGUCCUGGUACCUGACUGUCAACCUGAAUAAAACACUGAGCUGUAAUAAAAUGGUCAAA